GGGCCUGGGCCUAAUUAAUCUACCAAAACCAAAGAAAACAAACAAACAAACCUUCUAUUCAUUUGCCGCCGACUGCCGUACUACCACCGUCCUCCGUGCCGGAAAACUAAUUCUCCAACCGCCGUUCAAUAGACGUCUGAUCGGAAAUGAAGAACGAAGCGUCUAAAAAGGAAUGCAAAGUCUGUGAAAAAGCAGAAUCCAGAUACAAGUGUCCUAUGUGUCUCAUUCCAUAUUGUUCGCUCGUCUGCUUUAAGAAACACAAAGAAAUUCCCUGUGUUAAACCAGUUCCGGCUUCUGAGAAUGAUACAAGCACAUCUAUUACAACAGUUGAUGUUGAUAGACCUUGUUAUGUUAAUGCUGAUGAUGAGGUGCUACAGAGGUCACAACUAGAGCGCAUAGCUUCAAAUACCGAAAUCAUCGAUGCUUUGAAAGACAAGGAGCUACAAAAACUCAUACACAAAAUAGAUUCUUCUGCAGAUGCUGAAACUGAGCUGGAUAAAGCAAUGGACGAUGAAGCGUUUCGCCUAUUUACAGAAAAGAUUUUGUCUACCUUGAAUCAGUCUGGCGAUCAACAAUUAUAGUUGUAUGAAGCGAUGUCCGACGAGGAAUGUUGGAUUUGUUAAAUGUCAGUCCGGUAGUGGUAGAUGCAAUCUUUAAUGUUGUUAAGAAGGUAUAUUCAACUUUGAGAAACAAGGUGGUUAGUUGUUGUAACCGACAAAGGGUGGGUCCCCCCCGGAUAUUAUGCAAGUUAUAAAACACAUUUUUUUUUCCGAUA